AUGUCGCGACCAAAUCAAGCAGAGAAACCGCGAGCUGCUUCUAUAUUCAAACCGCCUCCUACACCUGCGCCUUUGAAUCCAAUCCCUUCGUCGUCCCCCGCCUUUGGUACGCCAGCAUAUCCCAUAAACCCUUUCAAUCCCGCUGGAGCUCCUGUAAGAGCCAGUAUACUACCAAUUCUUCUUCCUCCGGCAACUUUACGACCUCUGGCCUUCAGAACGUUCACCAAGAAGCACAGUUUGACCCUGACCUCCUCUGCACUGCAAAUUUUAGCUACAUUCAUUGGGAGACAUUGUGGUACGGAAUGGCGGGAAGAGGGGCUAGCCGAGCGCGUGUUGGAGGAAGUUGCUAAGAGCUGGAAGAAUCGGAAUGGGGGGGUUAUUGUCGAUGGAGAGGGCAACGACUUGAAGAACAUUCUGAAAAAUCUUGAAGGGAGCAUGAGCGGAGGAAGGAUUGUUGCCAACAGAGAACUCAGUCGACAAAACAGCUUAGUCCUCGGGUCAUCACAAAAUGGAGAGGUCUCUCAUACACGGCUUGGGAUACGGCCGAGUGUUUUGGGGAGAGAAGACAGCCAGCCCGGCUUGGGAAUGUCGGUACUGGACGCUGAAGCCGAGGAUGAAGACGGCCUCCGUAACCCCAGAAAGUGGUUGAAGGUUAUUGACGCCUUUGAGCAACCUCGGCUGAUAUAUAAUGUUGCAAAAAAACACUUCGACAGAGAGACCGCGAACCCUUCAUUGCUACCCCCAGCUUCACACAAAACACAUGUUUUCCGAAACCGAUAUAAUCUCAUCCACCAACGUCUCCUAAGAAAUGAGUCCUUUCAAACGCCAACUUUUGAAGCCCAGAAACUUUCCUUAAAGCGAUCAUCAACUAGUCUAGCGACAGCUCAACAAUCAUACAAGCUGACACCCAUUGCAAAUCUACUGGGACGUAACGGAAGUAGUCACAUGCUUCUUGGGCUUUUGACUAUCUCCCCCACCGGCACAUUAGCAAUCAACGACUUGACCGGAAGUAUUACGCUAGAUCUCACGCACGCCAAACCAAUCCCUGAAGACGGAGCCUGGUUUGCUCCUGGAAUGAUCGUCCUGGUUGACGGGACCUACGAGGAGGAAGACAACAACGCUAGUGGGGGACUAGGAGGAAGUGGAGGUGUAGGUGGAACUAUUGGCGGAAAAUUCAUAGGCUUCUUCAUCGGCGGGCCGCCCUGUGAACGAAGAAAGGUCACUCUGGGUCUCACCGGCUCUGACGAUGGUGGUGUGACUGCUGGAGGUGGCUUUGGGUGGGUCGAUUUCCUCGGUGUGGGUAGUGAGCGUGCUGUAGGCUCCAAGAUGCGGAAGCUAGAACAGCGAUUACUUCGACCAGGAUCAGUAAACGAGGACUGGGGCGGCAGAGGGCGAAUGGUAGUCAUAGGUGAAGUGAAUCUUGACCAGCCUAGGACAUUGCAAGCACUGAAGAAAGUCAUUGGGUUAUAUGCUGCGGAGCCGGAAGAAGAUACCCCGAUGACCUUCGUGUUGAUGGGGAACUUCGUCCAGCAUGCCAUCAUGGCUCGUGGAGGCAGCGGAGGAAGCAUCGAGUACAAAGAAUAUUUUGAUAGUCUGGCAUCAGCACUCUCCGAGCACCCAACCCUUCUCCAGUCUGCAACUUUCAUCUUUGUUCCAGGAGACAACGACGGCUGGACAUCUUCCUUUUCAGCGGGUGCAGCGACACCUCUACCCAGAAAAGGGGUACCAGAGAUAUUUACCUCCAGGAUAAAGCGAGCAUUCGCAACAGCAAACGCCGAAGCGGAGAAGGAACGAGGGAAGAAGACAGAUGGAGAAGCAAUCUGGACCAGCAAUCCAUCUCGUCUCUCACUCUUUGGCCCAACUCACGAGAUCGUUUUACUGAGAGACAGUAUGUCUGGACGUCUCCGUCGAACGGCCAUCAAGUUCUCAUCCUCAAAAUCCAACGACGAAGAUGAGGAUGUAGACAUGGCUAGCACCCCUGCACCGAAUCCAGAUCCACAGCCAGAGCAAGAACCGGCAGAAAUGGAACCAACUGCCGACGACACUUUGUCGAGUGAUUUACAUGCGGCGAGGAAAUUAGUAAAGACGAUCUUAGAUCAAGGAUACUUGUCACCUUUCGGAAUGGCAACUCGACCAGUGCUUUGGGACUAUGCUAGUUCACUGCAAGUUUACCCGUUGCCUACCGCGAUGGUGCUUGCAGACACCGAAGCGCCAGCAUUUUGUGUCACAUAUGAGGGCUGUCAUGUAAUGAAUCCGGGGAGUAUAGUUGCGCCUGGGAGGAGAGGGGUGGCGAAAUGGGUUGAAUAUGAUAUCCGGAACAAGGUUGGGAGGGUCAGAGAAGCGCUUUUCUAA